AUGAAUCACCGCGGUGUCGGAUGUGAGGUGGACAAGGACGACUUCAUGUCGAUCGAGGACGAACAGUGGAUCACCGAUGGCGUGGUGGACUUUCACAACGUGCUGCUUAGCAUCAGGAAGCCGUCGCUCCGCGACGGCAAGACAUGGGCCGCCAUGGACUGCAAGGCCUAUUCACAGACGACAGCUGCGCAUGGAGUGCCGUUAACGCUGGGGAGUGGGCGGCCGCUUUUGGAACACGAUUAUCUUGCGAUCCCGGUCCUAGAGUCGCGGGAGAUGCGCCGAGACUUGUGUGCACACGCUGGCGGAGAGCUUCUGAAACAACUACAGGAACUGGGGAUUGAAGUCCCGCCGCAAGACGAAGGCCUGGUUACCGCAGAGGGGACAGUGGUGCAGGUGAGAAACACUGCGGAGGGAGAUGGGAGGCAGGCGCCAAACACUCGCCAUGAUGAGGACGCUCGGUUUACGGAGAUGACGAGGCGCAUAGCAUCGCUGCAUAACGAUGUGAGGUACCUGGACGCCAGCUUCACCGUGAUCGCCAACUUCGUGGGCCUGAGCCGGGACGAGGUGGUGUUCGCUGCAACCCAACUGCUGCUGCAUGGAGGGGUCGCGGGGAACGGCACGAAAACAGAGGCGGGUGGCAACAAGCAUGCGCCACGCACACCCCAGCGUCCGUCUGCCCGGAAGAGGCGAGAUGACAGCAGUCCUGAGGAGGACGGCGUGCGCAACCUCACCCAGGUGGCGCUGGCCUCCACGUUCGCCGCAUGUGCGCCGACACCGAGCCUGCUGCAGAACCCGCUAAUCUCGAACGGGGCCAUACCUCCCUGGAUGUUGACGCGCCCGCGGCUGCUGUCCGGCACGGGUGUGCCAGCUGGACCUGACGUGUGGGGAGACAGGCUUGGGCAGGAGACGGCGAAGGCCGACGAAGAGGAGGAUCUCGUGUCAGACUCAGAUGACGAGGACGGUGGCGAAGAUACAUGUGCAACCAGGUACACGGGUGUGAAGCUGGAUCCGAACACCGGCAAGUACGGCGUCAAGAUUCUGUUUAAAGAACGUGGGAAGCGCAAGCAGCAGAGACUGGGAGGGUACACCACUGAGGAGGAGGCGGCAUUUGCAUACGCCGCCGGUGCGUUCGUGCUGAGGCCUAGCGAGAGGAUACCCAACACCGUCAGCCUGUCGGCCGCAGAGAAGGCAACGCUGCGGGGGUGCACCAAAGAAGAUUUACAGACCCUGGUGGAAGCGAGGAAGUGGUGGAGGUGGAGGAGUUGGCGUGAGGCGCUGGAGAGCGUGGGCCAGCGGUUGAAACGAGUGAGGAAGCGUGGGGGUGCAACAGGUGCAUCAAAGAGGCGCAGGGUUGUGGACCACGACCACACAGCUACCAACGACCCAGCGGCAACCGACAAUGCUGAGAGUGGGGGGACGGCCCCAGUGACAAACGAGCAAGGCGGAGGUGCAAGGGACAAUGACCAGGAAGAGCGGAGGGAAGACACUGGAGCUGAGGAGAAGACAUCAGAGAUGGUUGCAGAAUUGUUGACGAUGCCGCGAGGUCGACUGUCCAACGGGAACCGUGGGGCGCCCUUACCCAAGAGCCUGAGCUUCCGCAAGAAGGGGAAGGAGGUGGUGCAGCCAGAGGAAGAUGAUGGCACUGGGGCGGAGAGUGCAGAUUCGUCCGAGCGCAGCGAGGAUGAGGACGAGGAAGGCGGAGACACGUCGGCAUCAGGAUCAGGCGAAGAAUCAGCCGAGCCCGCUAAGGGGGGGAAGACGGACGACGAUGGGCGUGCGGGACCAUCCGCGGCCAACGCUGACACUCGCGCUAAUCACGACGUGGACGGACUGGUGGGACCCACACGCUGGGACACAGUGGACGCCAACAACGAUGACGUGCGCAUACCGAGCCGUAUCCUCGAGCAACUCAUUCAGGCUCAGGACAAGAGCGCCAAGGAGAACGCGCGGUUGGAGGCGCUGUUCUUGAAUGCGAUGUCUCGGCCGUCCAGUGGCUCUCAUAAGCGUAAGGCGACCAGGCAGAGAGACCCGGGGCAGGGUUGUAUGAACCCGAAGCGUAAGCGUGGCGAGACGUGGAGUGGCGGGGUGCACAUGUUUCUCAACAGGCCGACGUCGAUGAUGACCUUCUACCCGAGCAGCGACGACAAGACACACGGGGUGUGUGCGGUGCUGGACCGCCUGCCGCAUAGCUUCGCCUGUUUGGCGUUGGCGGCUGACAAGUCGCGUCGCGCUGAUCUCAACAAGACACUCUCUGAGUGGAAGACGCGGGCUGCCGCCCGCGUGCGCGACAUUGCACUUCCCAAGCUCGGCUUGUUCCGCGACGAUCGGGACGCAUCCAGCCCAUGGGCACCGGAGAAGGAACGCAGUAUUGAGAAGAUCCGGGAGCGCAUUGGGUUCGGCGCUGACCCCCCUGACCGGGAUGGCAUGCCGUUCGCCUCUCGGGCGUUCGCGACAUGUGCGAAGGCUGCAUUCAGGCCCAAGAAGGCCGGCCUGGUGAUGACGCUGAAGGUGUACCACCUGGCCUGGUUGGAGCAUGUGGUCUCCGACUGCGUCCUCUACUGGGAGCAGAGGAAAGGCCGGCUUUCCAACUCGGCCGGCGGAAACGCCCACGUUGUGGACGGCCUCAAGGUCCUGGUUAAGGAGGCCGUGGAGAGGGCGAUCAGGAUCCGCAACCCGGAGUAUGACGCGGAGCGGGAGGCGUGGAUCUGGGGGCGCCAUGGUCUGCGCAUCUCUGCGUGCGGCCUGGAGCACAUGAGGCCCGCCGGCGCAGCCCAGCCGGAGGAGCCAGUGGGGGACGACGACCUUUCGGCAUCCGUGGGGGAUGAGUAG